GAAUACAUUGGAUUAUACCAAUAGAAGACAAGAUGACGAAACAGUGCAAAUGCAAAGAGAGAGUGGCGGGGCCGCCAGUGAUGUGAAUAGUAAACCCCUGUCUCCUCCGCCCGGGGCCACCACCUCAAUUACUCCUUUUCUUCCCCUAAUUUCCAUGUUUCUUCUUCUAUUUCUCUCUCUCUUUCUCUUUCUCUUUCUCUGAACUCAAAGAAACAGUCUCUUCACUUCAAACUCUCACACAUUCACUUAUAUUUCUUCUUCUCCGAUCCUUUACGUCCCAUCAUCAGCUAUUAUUCUCACUUUGAAACCCCUCAACUUGUUCUAUUCUUGGAAAACCCAUAAUCUACACACAAAAAAACUGCUCCAAAUAAUUCUACACUAUCUUUUUCUUAAAACAAUAUAUCUCCCUUAGCUUUCCCAGAUAGCUAGCCUUAGUAAGAUCAGAGCUAGCUAGCUUAAUUUGAUUACAAUUGUAGAAUCAAACGGCAGCAAGAGCUAAAUUGCAAUAGCGUGAGACCACUUUUUGUCUUGCUGCUCUUGUUUCUCUAGCUAUUUCUCGAGUUAAGGCUUUCUUUCAGCUUUGACUUGUCUUCCUUAUCUUAUUUAGCAUAUGACAAUUUGGAGCAGUUAGACAAGCAGAGAAGGAUCUUAUGUCAUCGGUGACAGACCUAUUUAAUUAUUUAGUAUCCAGUACUAGAACUAGUAUAGACACUUGAUUUAUUGUGCAGGGCUUUUCCGAUCAUGACUUUUCGCUUAGCGAACUGCCAAACAAGGAUGUAAAGCUUCCCUCUCUUACAAUGGAUUCUCGCUAUUAAGGAUUGGAUGCAAAUCAACUCCUACUAACAUAUUAUAUUGAUUGUAUUUUAUGGAUUCUACAUCCAGGGUUGGAGCAUCCAACCCGAACAAUAACGGAGGAGGAGGAGGAGGAGGAGGAGGAGAGGGUCCAUCAUCAGCAACUGCCAGUGGUCGGAUCACUGAGAGUGAAGGAGGAUCUGCGGCUCCUGCAGCACCACCGAGCCGGUACGAGUCACAAAAGCGUCGAGAUUGGAACACUUUCUUACAGUACUUAAGGAACCACAAACCACCGUUAACCCUAGCCCGCUGCAGCGGAGCUCACGUGAUCGAGUUCCUAAAAUACCUCGAUCAGUUCGGGAAGACGAAAGUGCACGUGACCGGGUGCCCUUAUUUCGGGCACCCGAAUCCACCAGCACCAUGUGCUUGUCCGUUGAAACAGGCUUGGGGUAGCCUUGACGCACUAAUUGGUAGGCUAAGAGCUGCUUAUGAAGAAAAUGGAGGAAAGCCUGAAUCAAAUCCUUUUGGUGCUAAAGCUGUUAGAAUAUAUUUAAGGGAAGUUAGAGAAAGUCAAGCUAAAGCUAGAGGAAUACCUUAUGAAAAGAAGAAACGGAAAAGGCCAAGUUCCAGUUCGGUCACGGCUGGCAGCAGCGCUAGCCGCGGCGGUGUUAUUGCAGUAGAAGGCGGUGGUAGUGGUGGCGGAGAUGGUGGAGGUAAUGCUGGUGAUAGCAGUGGUGGCGGUGCUGCUAUUGGUCCGCUACCUACUGCUACUAAUCCAACAGAAUAGUACAGAUUAUUUUCCGGAUUCCUUUUCAUUAAUUUUAAUUUUUACCUACUAUAGUAACUUAUUUUUCUCUUCUAGUUCAGUACAGUACGUAAUUGUGAAUUAUGACAGUUGAGUUGCAUCUAUGACGGUAAGAAUUUCUCUGUGCAUAA